AGCUGUUGAAUCUGUUCUUUGUAAUUUCCCUGUUAUAGUUGUUGUUUUUUAUCUUAUUUUUAACAAAAAUAAAUAUACUUAUUAAUUGAGAAUCUUAAUUACAUCAAGAUAACAUGGUCCAUUGUACAAUAAAUUUAGAAAAUAAUACUUAUGCUGUCUAUAGAGCUGGCGAUACAUUACAAGGAACGAUUGAACUGUUCCUUGAACAACCUAAAAAGUUCAGAGGAUUUUACUUUGUGUUGAAUGGACGCGCAAAGUGUCAUUGGACUGAAACUAGAAGGCAUACAUCAGGAAGUGGAAAAAAUCGUCGCACGCGUUCAAGAACUGUUCACUUUGAAGGGAAAAAUGUUUACUUGAACGCAAAAACUUAUUUGUUUGGCGCUCCAGGUGCAGAAGCUACAGAAAUUGAGAGUGGAACUCAUCGCUUUAAUUUUACUUGUCAGCUUCCUCCUAUGAUUCCUGGAAGUUUUGAAGGAUCUUAUGGCAAUAUACGAUAUCAUAUUGAAGCAGUUCUCGACGUACCUUGGGGAUUUGACAAAGAAUAUAAAGUUCAAUUCACAGUUGUUCAACUUGAAGAUCUGAAUAAUGAUCCAGGACUGUCAAUUGCUGUUCAAAACGAAGAAUCGAAAACAUUUUGUUGUCUGUUCUGUGAAUCAGACCCACUCUUUAUGACCGUAACUAUUCCUUAUUCUGGAUUUACACCAGGACAAAUUAUUCCAGUGACAGUAAAGUAUAACAACAAAAGUAAUGUUGAAAUUGACUACACCAGAAUUUCGUUGGUGAAAGUUGUGAAAUUUAAUAGUGAACGCCACAUCAUAAAACUAAAACUGAAGCUGAUAGAAUUUCCAAUUUGUCAUAAUCUUGAAAUUCCUAGUGCUGCUGUAUGUUCAAAUUCUAAAUUUUGUAAUGUCGUUCAAGUUAUGUAUAUGGUGGAAGUUGAAGCGGGCGUUUUAGGAUGUCAUUCAGGUUUAACUCAUAAGAUACCAAUUACAAUUGGCUCAAUUCCAUUACGAAUGAGCUUAGGCAAUGGUGAAAAUGUUCCUUCAACUUCAGCAUCGGGACCGUUUCCAUCGGCUCCUAUUGUAGAUCAAUCUGAGCAAAAACCUCCUUCAGCUCCUGAAUUUGAUCUUCCACCAAGCUUUGAAGAAGCUUUAAAGAUUGCUCCAAAUGUACAACCGUCUUUGUCGUCUCAUGGCGAAACUUCUAAUGUUGGAUGGAGCGUAUCUCAAAAUAUUCCUUCAGCACCAGAGAAACAAUAAAAUUUUGACGAAAUUGGGUGUUAAUUUGUGUCUUAUAUGAUUAGAUUCGCACGAACUUAUUUGUUAGAUACUUAAAUGUGCUAAUUGUAUGAAUCUUCGAUAUUUCCGUGGAUAUUCUUUAAGAUCUGAUUAUUAUGAUAAAAUCAAAAGAUCAAAACUAGAUGAUAUAAUGUAGACAUUAUUUUUUUUACAAUAACUUUUCUAAUAUUUACCAAAAAAUCAAUUAAAAAUUUAAUAAACAUUACUAUCGAUGAACAAGUGCCACAAACAUUCUAAUCUUUUACAUUUCCCCUCACAAUCAUGAAUCAAGCUAAAGUACGAUGAUUUAUUACUUAAAUUUGUCAAAAAACAAAUAGAAUGUAAUGGAAAAAGUUCUUUUUUUUUGGGAAAACCUUGACUUCAUGUCUACUUAUGAAACAAAUCAAAGUCCAAUAAAAACAAAGUUCAAGUUCACAGAACAGAAAAAUAAACA